AUGUUUACUGCUACCAACAUUGUUCUCAAUAAUAUCAUUGAAGACGGGACAACUUAUGCACAAAGAGGUGAGGCUUAUGGUGUUAGUAAAAUAUUAUUGUCAUUUGAAUUUGUUUUCACUUUGCACUUGAUGAAAGAGAUUAUGGGAAUCACUAAUGUUCUUUGCCAAGCACUGCAACAACAAUCACAAGAUAUUCUUAAUGCAAUGCAUAUUGUUUCUACAUCAAAGUUACUUCUUCAACAAUUAAGAGAUGGUGGAUGGUGCAAUUUUCUUGCAAAUGUUAAAGAUUUUUGUGAAAAGCAUGAAAUUGAAGUCCCUAAUAUAAGCGCACAAUAUGUUUUUGGAAGAGGUCGAUUUCGUCAACCAAGUGUGAUAGUUGAGCAUCAUUAUCGAAUAGAUGUAUUCUUAGCAACAAUUGACUCUCAAAUACAAGAGUUGAAUAGUAGAUUUAAUGAGAAAACAAUAGAGCUUUUGACUUUGAGUUGUGCUUUGGAUCCUAAGGACAAUUUCAAAUCAUUUAAUAUUGAAGAAAUUAACAAGUUAGCAGAGAAGUUUUAUCCCCUUGACUUUCCUUCUAAUGAGCUAAAUAUUUUGAAAUCUCAGUUGCAACAUUAUCAGCAUGAUAUACCAAAUCAUUUGAAAGGCAUUGGUACACUUUCUGAAUUGUGCAACAAGUUGCAAGAAACGGGAAAAUCAAGAACUUAUCACAUGGUUGAUAGAUUAAUAUGUCUUGUUUUGACUCUACCAGUGUCUACAGCAACAAUAGAAAGAGCUUUUUCAGCAAUGAAAAUUGUUAAGACAAGACUCCGAAGUAAGAUGGCUGAUGAAUUUCUUGCAGACAAUUUGGUCAUCUAUAUAGAAAAAGAAUUAGCAGCUAUUUUCGACACAAAUUCAAUUAUAGAUGAUUUUGAAAAUAGAAAAAAACGUCGAAUAGCUUUUUCAUGA